UCUCGGCGGCAGCGGCGGCGGCGGUGGCUCGCGCAGCUCGUUGGCUCACUAUAUAAAGGGGAGAAGCGGGCGGACCGGACGGCUGGAGCUGCAGCCGGUGGCGGCAGCGGCGGCGCGGGGAGCGGCGACCGGUGGUGGUUUCCCUCCUUGGCGCGGGGUGGGGAGCCGGCAACGCCCCCCGGACCCCAGAAGGGUCGUGGCUUUUUUUUUUUUUAAGGGCGAUUCUCGAGGUUUUUAGCUCUGGGAGGACUGCCCCCCUCCUCCUCCUCUCACCGCUCCCCUUUACUCUUUCAGGAUUCGAUUUUGUUUGAAAUUUUUACCCCCAAUCUUGCGGUGGCUUGGGCCACCCUUCGGGUGUUUUGGUUUUGUUUUCUUUUUUGGUUUUGUUUUUAUCUUGUUUUCUUGGGCUUGUCCCCCUCUUGUUUGUGUUGUGUGUGGAAAUGGCGAACUCGGCAAAUACAAACACCGUGCCUAAAUUGUACAGAUCUGUGAUUGAAGAUGUUAUUAAUGAUGUGAGAGACAUCUUUUUGGAUGAUGGAGUUGAUGAACAAGUUCUUAUGGAACUAAAAACUUUGUGGGAGAAUAAACUAAUGCAGUCUAGGGCAGUAGAUGGAUUUCAUUCGGAAGAACAGCAGCUUUUAUUGCAAGUUCAGCAGCAGCAUCAACCCCAGCAACAGCAACAUCACCACCACCACCACCAUCAGCAAACUCAGCCACAGCAGACGGUACCUCAGCAAGCGCAGACCCAGCAGGUCCUUAUUCCUGCAUCACAGCAAGCUGCUGCACCACAAGUUAUAGUUCCUGAUUCUAAGCUGAUACAACAUAUGAAUGCAUCAAACAUGAGUGCUGCUGCUACAGCUGCUACCUUGGCACUCCCUGCAGGUGUGACACCUGUUCAGCAGAUAUUAACAAAUUCAGGCCAGCUUCUUCAAGUAGUCAGAGCAGCCAAUGGUGCCCAGUAUAUCUUUCAGCCUCAGCAAUCAGUGGUUCUCCAACAACAAGUUAUACCACAAAUGCAGCCUGGUGGAGUACAAGCUCCUGUUAUACAACAGGUACUGGCCCCUCUUCCUGGAGGGAUUUCACCGCAGACGGGUGUCAUCAUUCAGCCACAACAAAUCUUAUUUACAGGAAAUAAGACUCAAGUUAUACCUACAACGGUGGCUGCACCUACACCCGCGCAAGCACAGAUAACUGCAGCUGGCCAGCAGCAGCCACAGGCCCAGCCUGCUCAAGCACAAGCCCCACUGGUGUUACAGGUUGAUGGAACUGGGGAUACAUCAUCUGAAGAAGACGAAGAUGAAGAAGAAGACUAUGAUGAUGAUGAGGAGGAAGACAAAGAGAAAGAUGGAGCUGAGGAUGGGCAGGUAGAAGAAGAGCCCCUCAACAGUGAAGAUGAUGUGAGUGAUGAGGAAGGACAGGAACUCUUUGAUACAGAAAAUGUUGUUGUAUGCCAAUAUGAUAAGAUACACAGAAGUAAAAACAAAUGGAAAUUUCACCUCAAGGAUGGCAUUAUGAAUCUUAAUGGAAGAGAUUAUAUAUUUUCCAAAGCCAUUGGAGAUGCAGAAUGGUGAAGAAUUGGUUCUUUUCUUUUAUAAAUAAAACAAACUUAAAAAAAAUUUAAAGUGGACAGUUUGAAACUUGGGACAUACACCAACCAAAACUUAAUUUCUGCAUGUCAGAAAAGUGCAGUAGAAUCAAAGCUACUGGAACAAAGAGACCUUGACAACAGACACUACUAACUGGCAAGCCAUGGAACUGUAGCACCUGGGGUUGUUGGGGUGGGGGAGGUUGGGGUUUUGGAAAACCAUAAUUGUUGAUUUUAAAUACAGGUACCUGCCACCAGUAAUUAGCAUGUAAAGCUUUGUCUAUAUUCCUUCCUCCAACUUGGGUUCAAUCAGAAGAUACUUGUUGGAACGAACUGAAGAAAAUUCCCUUUUGAUAGAUUGAACUGAAACUGCUUAUUGUAUGUGGUUAUAUUUGGUAAAAAUUGCGUGUGAGCUUUUUACAAAAGGGUAAGAAUUAUGGUGUUGAAUUUUAAUUCACUUGUAUAAGGAAACAAUUUAGAACUCUCAUUAUAGGUCUUAAAUAUUUUUACUAGCUAUUCUCUCAGUAAUAUAUACCUCUUCCUUCCCUGCUUUAUGAAAUAUCUGUUUAAGAGUUAAAGGAAGUAAUCAGUGAACACAGUUUGGAGGCAAAAUUUGACCCAGGAAUGAUUAUUUUAAUUAGGUUUUCAUACUCAUUAAAUAUAACUUGGGCCUCAUUGAGUUGAACAGAAUUAAAAUGGCAGCUUUUGUUUCCUUACAGAAAAAUAUUUGUUUCUUUUAGUCCCAUACCUUAUAAAGAAACCCCAGAGUGGCUCCUCAGGAAUACAGUUUUAUUUCACAGAGGUACCAUCUAGCUGAAAUUACAUACAUAAGAAUAGAUAUAGAUUUUUUCCUGUUGGGUUGAAGUAUAUGCUUAUAUAUGUGUUUAAUCUUUAAGCUAAACAGACAUUUAGAUAACAUUCUGUGCAUUGACUGAAGCAUUGGGCAGGUAGUGAAGAUCUGGAUUUUUUUUAAACAGUUUAGUAAUUAUAAAAGUUUCUUGUGUUUACUAGUAAAGAAUUUAAAAACUAUUCUAAUUGAACAAAUUUUUUUAAUUGCAACUUUGUAAUUUGAGGGAGAAAUUUGUGGGUUAGAGGGGGUUGGGCCACUAAGUACAUAUUUACCUCUCUUUCAUUUGGUGGCCCUUCCAGGCCAUUGAUAAUGUAGACAUGGGCUCCAGUUUGCACAUCGAGAAGAAAGCAUAGGAAAUUUGACUGUAUAUUAAGAAUAAUAGAAAUGUAAUAUGUAUAUUAAGAAUGCACAGCUCUGUAUUCUAUAAGGGGGUCUAAAGAACAAUAUGGCAGUGCUAUGUUCUGUGUGAACUAGUUGCCUGGGAGAACUGUAGGAACAUUUGUCUUCAUCUAUGUUUUCUUAUAACUAAUUCUUUUUCAUGGUCUAUCUUCACAAAAUUCACAUGUGUUUAAGUUACGUGUAUAUUGGUUUUUUUUUAAGUCUUCCAUUUUUGUCUUCUUUUUAUUUGCCUUUGUGUUUCCAGAAAUAACAUAUUAACACUUUACAUUGCAAAGAAAAACUGUGAGCUAUUAUAUGUUUUUUUAACACAAAUCUAUAAAAGGCUAAUCAAUUCUUUUUUUUUUGCCUACUUCCCACCCCACGUACCAACUUGGUCCCUUUAACUUAUGUUCUCAACUUUGGUGUAAAUGAUGGUUUCUAGCAUGUUAGUAGUUAGGUUUUAUUCAGAUACCAUUAACUGGUAAUACGGUUUUAAUUUUUGCUAUAUUUAGUUUUUUGGAGGGGAGGUUUAUUUGUUUACUCCACUACUCUCAAAGCACACACAGGUUUGUUUGUUUGUUUUUGUUAAUGAAUCUGGGAGAAGAGAAGGGAGGGAGUGAAAUCAAAGAAGUCCUGUUGUUCAGUUGUCCUUCAGUAUAGUUGCUAAUAGGUUUAUAUUUACCCAGUGAAGAAGUCAAUGACCUGAACUACCUAUAAAAGUUUAGCAGUACUGCAAUGUUGAUUGAAACCCUUUGGCUAUAUAGUAGUUAUUCUGCUACUGAACCUUGGAUUACUAUAGGAUAUACAGCUCAUGUUUUGGGCCCUCUAUGUAGACAAACAUUUGUAUUCAUAGUAGAAUUGUAUACUGGCCUGUUUUUAUAACAUUAUUUUCAAAUAUGAACAACCACUGCUUUCAGAGUGACUCACUAGGGUUAUUUUGAAGCAGGAGAUAACCAUUUGUAUUUGCACCUGUGUAUUGCAUAUUAAUUAUGGCAUACUUGGCAAAUGCUUUUCUUUUACCUGUGAAAAUUCUGAAAGCCAGUCCAAACAACACUGCAUACCAAAUUGGGCUCUUAUGUAUUACUGCAUCGUGUUCCUUUUUAAUCAAAUAGAAUGUUUUGGUUUUAUUAUAGUGGCUUGCUGUAAGAAUGCCACUUGCUUAUCUUUUACUGUACUUGAAUUCUUAAUCAUGCUUUUACAUUGUAUUUAACAAAUCAUUUUGUUAGGUUCGUCAUUCCUUUGAAAAGGCAAGGAUUCCCACUUUCAAGAAUUUUAAAAUGAAAAUAACAUGUUUCUUCAAAGAGGGAAAAUAGUUCAGACUUGGUAUUAUGAAAAUAAGUAAAGGUUUCAGAAGAGGAUUUGUUUGGAUUUGCACAGAUGGUGAUGGCACCUUUUACUACAAAAAAAAAAAAGAAAAUUU